ACGUGUAGUCCACGUGUCCAGCCCUUCGUUCGCUCCCGCGUCAUUGCUGGUGCAGCUGCAGCCGCUCCCUCCGCGGCGUGGACUUGAAAAUAUAUUUAAUUAGCGUGCGAAUAUUACUGUUAACUAAAUUAUAUCUUUUUCUGAGGUCCGAGGACCACCUCGCGUGGAAGCGUGUGGAAGCGACGACUUUUUUUAAAUUAUUUUUCUUCUCACGGCCCUAUCCUUUUCUCGGUCCCUGUCUUCUCGCCCCUUUGACAUUUAACCAAAGUCAAGUUGGAAGCCCGAACCCAGUUUCCGGCCUUCUGAAAACCAUGCGCACCUCCACCUCCACCUCCACCUCCACCUCCACCAAAUCCCUCUCUUUGCUCUUAUCCCCCCUUCCUCUAUAAAUUCCAAAACCGCUCCCCCCCGUCUCCAAAAAAAGGUCAGCGCCGCUCCGUCCUCCCCUCUGCCUUCCGACUUUUUCUCUUCGUUGCCGCCGCUUUCCUCCUCGAAAUUAAUGGUUACAUAGCUCGACUCCGGAGCUCAGAUCUCGAGCCAAGCGCGAGUUUGGAGGCAUAGUUUUUCCUUGUUUUGGUUUGGUUUGUUCUCCGAGGUGGCGAUGGACGACGAUAACUGGGAUCUGUACGCGAUAGUGCGGAGCUGCAGGUUUACGGGGCGCCCUGCGACGACAGACCCCUUCUCUUCCUUCCCUCCGCCCUCAGGCCUCGAGGCGGAGGAGGCGGCAAGGCCGGCGGAGGAAGGAGGGGCCUGCUGCGGUGGCGGCAUCCCCUUGUUGUUUCCGGAUAUGUCGGAGACCCAGAACGUUCUCCAGGAGCUGGAGGAGCUCUGCAAACCUUCCUUCCCCAAAGCCCAGCAGCAAUCGCAACAGAGCAGCCCUUCCUCGCCGCCGUCCCCCGCCGUGGGGGACCCCCAGCAGCAGCACAGCAGGCAGCCCCACCGCCCCCUAUCCCAGAAUCCUCGCUCCAAAAGAAGGAAGAACCCGCAGAAGAGGGUGGUGUGCCAUGUCCCCCCCGACGGUCUCUCCUCCGAUAUGUGGGCCUGGCGGAAGUAUGGCCAGAAACCCAUUAAGGGCUCGCCUUACCCUCGGUUAGUGAUCCACCUGUUCCUCCUCGUUCCUUCUUCCAGUUAUUUUUGGUUCCCAAAGAGAAGAAAAGAGGCAACUUUUUCGGUCGGUUUCUCUCGGAACAGGGGAUACUAUAGGUGUAGCAGUUCCAAAGGCUGCUUGGCCCGGAAGCAGGUGGAGCAGAGCCGGAUGGAUCCGGCCAUGUUCAUCAUCACCUACACCGCCGAGCACAACCACCCGUUGCCCACCCACCGCAACUCCCUCGCCGGCAGCACCCGCCACAAGUUCUCCCCUCCCCCUUCCUCCUCCGCAACCCAGCCGCCCGCCACCGGAGGCGAAGCCAGCGACGGCCAGAACCUCCGUCCCAUCAAUCCAUCCUCAAGUCCGCCUUCGUCCUCCACCGCCCCGGGUCUCUCCCCCACCACCCCGCUUACGGCCUCCAUGGAGGACGAGCUCCUCCGCCACGGCCCCCGCCCGCGCAAGGGGGAGGGCGGCGACGAGGUAGACGACGACGAGGAAGAGGGAAUGCUACUGGUGGAAGACAUGGAAGUGAUGGGCGUGGAUGACUUUCUCCUCAUGGGAUUGGAUGAGUCUUCCGGUGCCCCGGCCACCUCCGCAGCCGCAUCCACGGGCGGCGAUGCCGGCCGUCACCUCUACCUUCCUCGACGAUGACAGUGCCUUCGGGGGGCACUUCUUCCCUCCCCCGUGACUGUCCAACAGCAGCAACAACGCGGCGGCCGCCGCCGCCGGCAGCUGACGACAGCCCUCUGCUCCUGCUCCUGCCAUCAGACAGCGGAAAAGGGAUCGAAGAGGCUGGAAGAAAGCAUCUGAUCCGUUCAUUCGCAUCCCUAUUUUUUUAAUAUUUAAUUACACCAUAUACGCAAAAAAAGGAGAAAAUUAGGCCAAGGUUCUAAUGUUCCAUGUUCUCUCUUUUGCUCUCCGAGAGCCAGAGACGGCAAUGCUUGUAAUUUUGUUGACUUGUUCUUUUGAUAAUUUUGGCUGUGCGUGAGAUGUGUUCCCUGAUGA